AUGGCCUCGAGCUCGAGCAUAUCUGCGACUUCUACAGUUCUCAACCUCCCAGAACUGCUUUCUCCAAUCCUCUUAAACCUUCCGUUCGAAGAUAUCCUUCGUGCUCGUCAAGUUUCCCAGCACUUCAAAAAUGUCAUAGACACCGAUCCAGAGCUUCUCUGGGACACCUGGCGCAGUCCUACCCCUCCAACCUCAGCCCGCAAGCAUCUCGCCUCUCAAAUCCCUGCAGAAGAUGCACCGUACACCAACGAAAUCAGCUAUUUUGAGCCAUUCCGUCCGUUCUUCGAACGUACACUAAUUAAUAUUGACGAAUGGACCACAGAACCAAAUCCAGCAUCUCCACCACUUCGUAUCCUUCAAAAACAAUUUAUUAGAAAGUCACUGGCAGACUUUAUUGCCAAGAACGCUGAAAAUCUGGGAGGCUUUUACAUUACUCGCCCUCCACUCAAAAAGAUCGAGUCGAGCAUCCGGGUUAUAACAGCCACAUCGGGUCGUCGUUCCAGUCUUCAGAGUACCUUGGAUAAAGGUUUCACAAUCACCAAUGAAUCGGGAAUUACGGUGGAUGGUUAUUUGAAAGCUCUACUGGAUUGUCUCGAGACAAGCUGGGGUCAUAUCACUUUCGUCCAACCUCCUCCUCCAAAGUAUAUCCCACCAGGCGAAGAAACCGGUGAUUUUAUGGCAAAUCUCAGAAGGAAGCAUCGUCUGGAAGCCACACUUUUUACUAUGAAAAAGGAAUUCUACGACGAAGAUGACGAAGCUGAUGAAUACUAUGAAAUUGAUGAAAACGGUGAAAGAAGGAGGAAGCAUAGGUUGACUAGUCGAGAGGAAUGGGAAAAGGGAGCCAUGAGUUCCACUCUAAUCAUCAAAGUCCAUUAUACUGUUCUACCAGAGCCGGUCAAAAAGGAAGGUUUGUUGACCGGAUUGUGGAAGAGGGUUUUUGGAUGA